AAACAGGCCUGCUGGCUCUCGGGAAUCCGAUCCUCAGAGGCGGGAUCCAGGCCCGGGGGCUUCUGGGAGGGCGGGCAGGAGGGGGAGGAAGGGGCUUUUAACCCCCCCGUAGGAGCCCGGCCCCGCAGCAGGAGCGGGGUGAUGGCGCACCCUCUGCAAUGGGCAUGAGUUGGGACUGAAGGCGCCGGGGUGCGCGGUGCGGAGCGCAGUGGUACAGAGAUCCAGGCCGGGUUUUGCCUCCUCCGGGGGAAGCUUGAAUGCUGGCUCCGCGGAAGGGUGGGCACUAUACCGGCGGUAAGGCAAGUGGGCAACCGCGUGCUGAAGUAACAGAGCAAAGGGACCCUAACUGUGGGCGAGCAGAACUGGCACUCUUGGUCAGGUCUAUGAGAUCCUUACCAAUGAGAUCCAAACCCCAGACUCGGGCUUUCCCCCACCAGUGACAGCCUCAACAAACACCUCCCUGGAAUAGAGAGCAAUGAGGCAUCUACUGGAGCAGAGAGACAGAGCUCCAGUAUGUCUUGGGAAGAGGAGAGAAGACAGACAGACAACCAGGAAGGGGCUUGGUGGCAUCAAGACACAACAGCAUCACAGGAACGUGGAAAGAGGACCAGCGAAGAGCCAGACAAGACCGCCAAACCGGCUGCACAGGAAGAGGCCAGAGGCGCAGGCAGAGAUGAGGAACUUGGGCCACGUGAUUCACCCCAGGUCAUUUCUCCUGGAAGAGCAGGGCUACGUUUCCCAACCUGCAGGCCAGGCUUCAGUUCUCGGCCUAAUGACACUUCACGAGACAGAGGGGAUAUGGCUUUUCCUCUAUGGGGGCUCAGGGCUGGGGGGGCUCCUGCUCCUGGUUGUGGUCGUUCUGUCCGUCUGCCUGUGUCAGCUCCAGGGGAAAGUGAGGAGGCUGGAGAGGAGUUGGGCCCAGCUCUCGGAACAGGAGCCCUACUAUGCAACCCUGCUGAGGCUGCCAGUACGGGAGCACCCUCCCCAAGGAAGGGAAGGAGACAAGGAGGAUCUCAGUACGGACUACGCCUGCAUUGCCAAGGACAAGCCCACCUGAGCCCCCCAGCCACCUCCCCUAACCCGAGCGGGUAGUCAGGGCUGCCCUAUGGUCCCCCCAGUAAAGACUAUUACCACCUUC